AUGGGCAUGACGCCGACGUUCAGCGCUACGGAUUAUCUUAAAUUCUUUGGGGCCGGCGCCUUGGCGGCGACCCUCACUCAUGGUGCUGCGACUCCUAUCGAUGUGGUCAAGACGCGGAUCCAGGUGGACGACUCGAUGAAGGGUCUGAAUAUGGUUCGGGCUGGCCGACAGAUAGUCGCCAAGGAAGGCGCCUCGUCUUUGCUCACCGGCUUUGGCCCAACUGCCGUCGGCUACUGCGUCCAGGGGGGCGGUAAGUUUGCCGGUUACGAAUUCUUCAAGAAGAAGUUCAUCGGCCUAGCGGGCUCGCCAGAGCAGGCCACGCGGCGGCGCACGGCCAUCUACCUAGGCGCCAGCGCGACGGCCGAGUUCUUCGCCGACAUCGCCCUCUGCCCGCUCGAAGCGACGCGCAUCCGCCUGGUCUCACAGCGCGGCUUUGCCACGGGCCUCGCCCCAGGCUUCGUGCGGCUCGCGAGAGAAGAGGGUCUGCGGGGGUUCUACUCGGGUUUCAUACCGCUGCUCUUCAAGCAGGUCCCGUACGCGGUGGGACAAUUCUCUGUACACGAGGCGGCCGUUGAGCUGAUCUACCGCACCAUUGGUCCCGAGCGUAAGGACAGGCUGACGCAAUGGCAGUCGACCGGCGUGGAGCUGAGCUCGGGCAUCGUUGCUGGCGUCGCGGCGGCUGUGCUCUCCCAUCCUGCCGACACGCUGCUCUCGGCCAUAAAUAAAGGAGCGGGCGAUCGAAAGCAGGGCGCGACAAGCCGAAUGUUCUCACUCGCGCGCCAGUUCGGGCCCAGGCGACUGCUGCUAACGGGACUGGGUCCGCGGGUGGUGAUGACUUGUGGUUUGGUGGCUGGGCAGUUCGUAAUCUACGCACAGUGCAAGGCGCUCGUCGGGGCACCACCAGGCAUAGAAAUUCAUAAAGAGUGA